AUGGUUAUGUCAGCAGCCACUUCAAAUAACAACAACAUCCAUCAGUUGCAAUCUUUCAACUCUCAGAACAACAAUUACCACCUUUGCGGCACAUCCUUCUCUUCGUACUUGAACAACAAAGAAGACAUCCUGGCAGAAUCAGGCCAUGGCUAUGUCAGCAGCAGAAAGGAUCCUCUUGGAGUAAAGAAGGAAGAUGAUGGAGAAAUUGGAGUAUUUGAAGCUGAAAAGUACUUCAAUGGAGAAGAGAUUGAAAGCCCCCCAAGAGUUGCUGAUAAUGAUGCAAACAAGCACCGGCCCCAAAAAGAUGAACAAACAGCUCUUGUAACCAGAAAGUACAAAGUUCAGAAUGGAACUCCAAGUGUAAGGUCUGAAUCAAGCUUGAAUAGCCAAAGUGCACUUUUGCAAAGUGUUGUGAGGAACUCCUCAAGGAACAUGAAAAGCAAAUUGCAUAGGAAGAGUUUUCUAGCUGGUCUUGGUUGCAAAUGCUAUUGUUCUGACAAGAAUUCUGUUGAUAUUAGUCACCAUGCAGGUGAAAUCAGUUUCAGCAAAAAUUCUAGUCACGGAAAAAUAACUUCAAGAAAUAUGUUCAAUGCUGAUCCAGAGGCUAAUCAUUCAGUUAAAGUUACUAGGCCUCAUGCAGCCGAAAUCUCGAUUAACAAAGAUGUUUACUUCCAAAGCCCAGAGAAGUUAGGGGUGGGAUUGAGCAAAGAAAACAGUUUAGCACUCUCAAGUUUGAAUUCUAGCCCAGGAAAUAAUUCGGCGAAAAUGAAACUUCAACAAGUAGAGAAGUCAAGGAAUUCAUUGGAAGUGUUUGGCUCCCCAAUAUUGAGUAGCAGGAGCAAGUCUUUGAGCUUUGAUAAAAAGUUGGUAAAGACCUAUUCCUCUUCUUGGGAUGCUGCUCCUAAAAUUGAAGAAAUUGACUUUUCAGCAAAUUCUGGUGGAAACUACAAUGAUGCUAAUAGUGAUGCAAGUUCAGACUUUAAUGUAAAUAUUGAUACGGAGAAGAAAAAGAAUAGUUUGGGCAUAAAAAUUGUUGCUGGGAUAACACCUGCUGCUUCUGCUUUAGCAAUAUCUGCAAUAAUCAUUUUCCUGAUUUCUAGAAGAAAUAUGAAAUACCAGAAGAAGAUUUUCAGGAAACGAAUGUGUAAGUGUUCUGAGGCUUUAUGCUGA